AUGCUGCAAAUUCUUGAGAAUGAGCAAUUGCAGGAUUCGCCUGAUAUACGUGACACGAUGGAGUUGACGGAUAAAGCAUGCAGAAUGGUUAAUCCAUCCAUUCCCAUCGCCCUCGCUCUCUCCCCUCCCUCCCUGUCGCCAUCGCUCUCUCCCCUCCCUUCCCGUCGCCCUCGCUCUCUCCCCUCCCUUCCUGUCGCCCUCGCUCUCUCCCCUCCCUUCCCGUCGCCCUCGCUCUCUCCCCUCCCUUCCCGUCACCACUCUCUCUCUCCCCUCCCUUCCCGUCGCCAUCGCUCUCUCCCCUCCCUUCCCGUCGCCCUCGCUCUCUCCCCUCCCUUCCCGUCGCCCUCGCUCUCUUCUCUCCCUUCCCGUCGCCCGCGCUCUCUCCCGUCCCUUCCCGUCGCCCUCGCUCUCUCCCCUUCCUUCCUGUCACCACUCUCUCUCUCUCCCCUCCCUUCCCACCGCCCUCUCUCUCUCCCCUCCCUUCCCGGCGCCGUCGCUCUCUCCCCUCCCUUCCCGUCGCCCUCUCUCUCUCCCCUCCAUUCCCGUCGCCGUCGCUCUCUCCCCUCCAUUCCCGUCGCCCUCGCUCUCUCCCCUCCCUUCCUGUCACCACUCUCUCUCUCUCCCCUCCCUUCCCAUAGCCCUCUCUCUCUCCCCUCCCUUCCCGUCGCCGUCGCUCUCCCCCCCCCCUUCCCGUCGCCAUCGCUGUCUCCCCUCCCUUCCCGUCGCCCUCGCUCUCUCCCCUCCCUUCCCGUCGCCCUCUCUCUCUCCCCUCCCUUCCCGUCGCCCUCGCGCUCUCCCCUCCCUUCCCGUCGCCCUCGCGCUCUCCCCUCCCUUCCCGUCGCCCUUGAUGCAGUCGUCGUGGUCUUCGCGCCCUUCUUCCCUGCCCUCCCAUCACUCUACCUCUUUCCGCGAUUUUGCACACUUAUAUCUCUCUGUCACGCAGACACGUUUCCGUCGCCCUAUCUCGUUCUUCUAUAA